AUGGCAGACCAGGGUCGAAUGUCUUCACCUACUGCCGUGGUGUAUUGGUUGCAGAUGUUGAGGCAAACUUCACGGUCAGUGAACUCCAGGAAAGCGGUUCCGAGUCUUAGUUGGAUGCUAUGCAAACAUGGGUUGCGCCAGUGUGUCCAGUCCAACGUCCUCACGACACCAGUAAUAGUGUGGGAUGAUAUCUUCGAGUCCGACCUAUUCUCGGUGGCAUACCAACAUUCUGGGGACCCGCGUUGGCCGGUACGAUACUUGUUCACCGAGGUCUACGAAGUCACAACAAAUCCACCGGAUGUGUUGGACCAAAAUUCUACUAAUGAAAAUGAUUCAGACGUGUUAUCGCUGAGUUCCCUCACCAAUGAACCACUAAUAAAUGGUUCAAUCAGAAACAACGUUUGUCAUCCAAGAUCUACGCGAGAACGUGAGUCUUCCUCCGAAGGCUCAGUGAAUACACACACCCAUGUGAGCAUUCAAAGGCAGGGGAGUCGAACACCAUUACGCAUUCCCCGACCACCACGUAAGCCUGCCCCAUCUUCAUGCAAAGGAUCUUCUAGUGACCCCCUAACUGAACACUUGUGA